AAACAUGCCUAGCUGGAAGGUUUUCAGUGAGAAGGGAGAAUUGGCAACCUACAUCAUUCCCUGUUUCCCACAGUGAUGCACCUCUCACAUGCCCACAUCACUGUGCAGCAGUAGGAUGAGGUACAGUGGACUCUAAGUCACCCGAAAUUUCAGAUGGACACUAGGAACACAAUUCUGCUUGCAAGGACGUUGAGACAUUGCAGCAGGAACCAAGAAAGGUUCUGUGAUCUCUAAGGGUGAAGAUCUUGUCUGGACAAGGCUCUGAGCAGCAAGUUCUAAGUCAGCUCUGUGAGUGGAGGGUUUUUUGGAGUGAUCACUUCCAAAUUAAAUUAUAUUUUGCAAUCCAAAGUAAUCAAAUGUAUUUUUAUUGGAGAAUUCUCCAUACUGUAUAGAAAUGUAUUGCAACGCAUUUGCACAAAGCCUUUUGGAAUGACCUUGUACUUUUGUUUUGUAUUAUUAACCUGUCUCCCACCUACAGCAAAACCAGAUUACACACUAAUGUGCUGCACUGUUCACUCUGUGUUUAAUUAUUCCAGGCUGCUGCCAGACAUCAGUGUUCCUACCUAAUAAAUAUGCACGUUGAUGAGUUUCUGAAGACUGGCGGGAUUGCAGAGUGGCUGAAUGGUUUAGAAUACAUUCCCCAAAGACUGAAAAACCUGAAUGAAAUAAACAAACUUCUUGCACACCGUCCCUGGCUGAUCACAAAAGAGCACAUCCAGAAACUUGUCAAGACUGGGGAAAAUAAUUGGUCUCUUCCUGAACUGGUGCAUGCUGUUGUCCUGUUGGCACAUUAUCAUGCCUUGGCAAGUUUUGUAUUUGGUAGUGGCAUUAAUCCAGAGAGAGAUCCGGAUACAUCUAAUGGAGUCAGACUUAUAGCAGUCAACAACUUCUGUGUCUGUGAUCUUGCCAAUGACAACAACAUAGAAAAUGCAUCCCUCACAAGUAGCAACUUCGGGAUUGCAGAUUCUUUAAGUGAGCUGGAGGCCCUGAUGGAAAGGAUGAAGAGACUACAAGAAGAUAAAGAGGAUGAAGAAGCCUCUCAAGAAGAAAUGGCAACUCGCUUUGAGAAGGAGAAGAAGGAGAGUCUGCUAGUGAUUAGUGGAGCAUUUGAUGAUGAAAUAGUUUCUACAGAUGUCUCCCGUUAUGUUGAAGAUCCUGGGUUUGGGUACAAAGACUUUGCAAGGCGAGGAGAAGACCAUCUGCCAACAUUCAGAGCUCAGGACUAUACUUGGGAAAAUCAUGGCUUUUCCCUUGUAAACAGGCUUUAUUCUGAUAUUGGGCAUCUCCUGGAUGAGAAGUUUCGGAUGGUGUAUAACCUCACAUAUAACACUAUGGCAACACAUGAAGAUGUUGAUACAACUACGCUAAGAAGAGCUUUAUUUAACUAUGUCCACUGUAUGUAUGGAAUCAGGUAUGAUGACUAUGAUUAUGGAGAAGUUAAUCAGCUACUUGAACGCAGCCUGAAGGUUUACAUAAAGACAGUGACCUGCUACCCAGAGAGAACUACCAAGCGCAUGUACGAUAGCUACUGGCGUCAGUUCAAGCACUCAGAGAAGGUUCACGUCAAUCUACUUCUGAUGGAAGCUCGGAUGCAAGCCGAACUUCUGUAUGCCCUUCGUGCCAUAACUCGUCACUUAACCUGAAGCACUCGCUGGCCAGGAGUACAGGGGCUUUUACUGAGUAUGUAAAGACCUUUUGAAAUAGAUACACACCAGAAGCUGUUUGUGAUGUAGCAUCAGGUUAUUCAAUUCUCUAGUGUCAAAGUUUAGCCGUGCUUCUUGGCGGCUGUAAUGUGCAAUGACGUGUUUUAUUUUCUUGAUGCUUAACAUUACUAAUGAUAACAAAAGUAACACUGAGGAGCGCUACUCUGCAUUGUUUCCGGCUGGAUUUCUGCACAGCGGUCAGGAUCCUGAAACUGGUUUUAUUGUAUCCAAUCCUAGCGCUUUGUUCUUUAAGCACCAGAGUGAAGUGCUUAGAGACUUCUUUUUCCAAGCAAUCAUUUUUCAGAUGAGUGGAGUCCAGCAGAAGAUCAGUUCUGCCUGUCCUGAGAAGGUCCCACCACGUCGUGACUCGCAGCAGAGACGCGCGGGCUGCGCUGCAUCGAAUUGCCCACUGGAUUCUCCUGUGUGUCCUGGAGACUGCUGCCAGUCACUGUCUUACUACAGCAAUUGGAGGUGAUGCAAGAUGUGGAUGCAAACAUCGAGCACACUUUAAUGUGAAAUUAGUCUUGAUAAAUCCUACAGCAUGCUACUGAAGUGCAAAAUUCAUCCGCUUUGUCGUGCCCCUUCACAAAGAGAAGAGGCCUCACGAUUUGCCAUUUCAGCCACACUUACUGUGUUUCAAUCAUGCAUAGUCUUGUUUUACUGACAGUCACCCUCAGUUGUCCUGACAAUAUCCAUGCUCAUCACGUGUUGCAAUUUGUUUAGUUGGCACCUAUAAAAUUAACACACAGGCUGACCAAAAAUAGGGUUGUGGGGUUUUUUGCACUCUCUUCUUUAUCAAUGUUUUAACUGAGGAAAGUAAAGGAAGGCUAGUAUAUCUAUUCUUUCAUAUUGGAUGUAUAGAAAUUAUUUCCCAUAACUUUUUCAUAGCAUGAAAUUGUAAUAUUCAAAGUUUUAAAAGUUUCUAUGCAUUAGUGUGAAUGAACAAAAGAAAAGUGCAAUAUCUAAAAAGAAAGCAAGCUUUUUUCCCUGACAUGCCACUGCUAAAGUGUCCUUCUUAUAUAGCCAUAAAGAAAUUUUAAAACCAAAUUUCUUUAUUGUCUAAGGCCUAGCAGUUUUGUUUUAGCUUUUACGGCUUAAGACAACCUGAUACUGAGAUGCCAAAGCAUCCCCAAAACAAAGCAUUUUUGGACAACCAGGAAUAUUGGGGAAGGGAAGAAAUAAGCUGCCAAAAAUGUCACACUUUUGUGCUGUUUUCUGUUGCUUUUGACUAAUUUUUGAGAGCACAAAAUGUUGAUAUUUAUAGCUUUAUUUUGUAUUGCAUUUAAUGAACCAGUGAAGUGCCUAAAGAGAUGCUUAAACUUACCCAGUAGAACACAAGUUAACUGCUUCAACUUUCGUCUGUUGGUUUGGACUUUCAUGUUUCUUUUGAGGAGGGUGACCUUUAUUUCUGUGGUAUACAUUCAAAACUAACUGGACAGGUUUAUUUUUAAUGUUCUGUUGGAUUGUAGAAGUUAAUGCAGGACUUUUUUUCAUUGGUGAUUGCAGAAUCUUUAGAAAAAAAUACUACCAGUCAUAUUUUGACACUUUUCAUUUACAAAACCAUGGACCAGUACUUUACUAAAGUUAGUUUUCUCUCUUCUUACCUUUUCCUGAUCCUUGCUUUGACUUUGCAUGUUGGUUUUUCUGCUUUAUCUGUCCGUUCCAGAUUGGAAAGCCCAAUGAUUGUACACUUUUCUGCACUUUCAGACUGCAGACUCUGCAUGUGAAAACCUUUUGAGGAAGAAAUCAGUAAUUAUUUUUUUUAAGUGUCAUGUUAGCUAUUUAGAAAACUACCCAACAGACAGCACUGAUCUGUCUUCAAGAGAGCUUUGGGUAGAAUAUCAGAUUUAUUUAUCUUGUAUAGCUACCUGCAAAGAUUUCUCAGAAAUACUGAGAUGCUCAUAUGUGUGAACUUAGAUUUGCUUUCUAAAUUGUUAUGAUCCUUUUUCCCCCCACUCUUGUGAUUGUAGCAGCCAGACCUAAUGGCUUCUGCUGAGAGAAGUUUUCAUGCAAUACUUUUGGUUUUUUUCAAGUGAUUGGAACUGUUUGGUACUACUUUAAAUUUCUUUGCAUUGAAAAGUCAAGUAGUUCUCAAGAAGCACAGUUGAGCUCUGGAAAGGAGGUGAAACUAGAUUUGGGUAACUAAUAUGAUGGCUUCGUUUCCCCUCAGAAAUGCAAAGACUUCUGGAGUAGGUUGAUUUUUACAUUUGGAAACAUGAGUGCCUUUACUUCUUUCCUUAUGAAAUAUACUUGCCAGCUCAAAUGCCUUCGUGAGCAAAGUACAUGAGCAGAUUUGAAAUACAGAAACCAUAAAUGGAUUGCUUCAUAAAACUUGUAGUAAACCAGUGUUUUGUUUUGGAUUUUUUAGUGCCAUAUCAAGUCCCAUAUGGCCUGCAAGACAUUCCAUCAUAGGAAAUGUCAUUGUACAACUAGUUUGCUAUUUCUCUUUUUUUCUUUUCUCUUUAAUAUUAAAUGCAAACUUGAAACAUCUGGAAAUGUUUUCCACGUGGCAUUUUUUUUUUUCAAAGUAUUGCAUUUACGGUGCAACAAUUUAUAUCCUAGUUUUUAUACACAAAUUUGGGAUUUUUAAUAGAUGUUCGUUCAGAAUAGGUUCACACAACGCUACCAUACACUUUAUGUGCGCUUUAGGUUCACACUGUGCCAACUUUUAAUCUGCAAAUGUUCUUGGACUUUUUUGCAUUUUUAAAGCACGCAUGAAUGUGAAUCUUCACACCUUGUUCAUUAAUAUUUUUCUUAAUAGUACCAUAAUCAUUGAAGUGUAGAUCCUCCCCCUCUGUGUUCCUUCAUUGGAAUUGGUAAUUACCAGCAUUCAUGUUAGUCUACAAAAUCCCAGCCGUGACCAACAUAAAAACAAAGUGUACAGUCUCCUGUCUGCUGGAAAGAAAGCUUGAUAGGUACAAAUUAACCAGCUAGCACAGGGAACACUGUGAGUAGGGAACAGAGCUUUUGAGCAUGAACAGCUUCUUAUCAUUGUAGAGUCACUUAAAAUGUGUGUUGCUGUAGAGUAUGUCCUUGCUGAGAUUGCUCUAUUUUCUUUGGUAAUGAAGAGAAGUCAAAAAGGUGCCAACUGGAGAAAGCAUUUGCAUUUCCCAGAACACUCUACCCACAGCUGAACUUCAUGAGAGUAUCAUCAUACAAGAAUAGAAAUAAUUGUUAAAACAGAAAUAAUAAUUUUAAAUUUAGGUGCAGUUUGUGCAGAUAGCUACUACAGUUAGUGCUGUGGUGUCCUAUGAGAAUUUUGGUGAGCUGUAGAUGGAUUUAUUUUCAUUAAGGCUGAAUUGAAACAUAUAUCCUUUGUCCUAAAGCCUUCAUUAAAAUGAAAAAUUACAGAAUCGUAGAAUUUGCUGAGUUGGAAGAGGCCCACGAGAAUCAUCGAGUCCAAUUCCUGACCCUGCAAAGGACAGGCCCAAGAGUCACACCACGUGCCAGAGAGAAUUGUCCAAAUGCUUUUUGAGCCCUGUCA